GUUUCAAUUAAAUUAAGACGGAGGGAGUAAGAGAGGCAAAUCAUGCACAACAUUGAAGUGCUAACGAGCCUAACGUAAAUUAUUUAGUACUCCGUAUGAAGGUUUUUUUUUUUUUUCAGAAAAUAGUACGGAGUUAAUCAAAGUAUGCAUAUUACUGUUUGUAAUAAUAUUUUUUUUUUUUGGAUACAACUACUAUAUUUAUAAUUUUUUUUUAGGGAAAUAGUACCGAGUAAAUCAAAUUAUGCAUAUUACUGUUUGUAAUAAUAUUUUUUUUUUUUUGUUGGGAUACAACUACAGUAUUUGUAAUUGUAAUUGUAUUUGUAAUUAAUUUUUGUCUGUUUAUUAUUUUUUAUUUUGAUCCUAAGCAAUUUUUUUCACUCCUGUGGAGCUUUGCAAUCUCACGCUGCACGCCUGCACCACUCCCACUAUCCCUCCUCCAUUGAAGCGCAUACUUUGAAUCCUCCAUUGAAGCGCAUACUUUGAAUCCUCUAUUGAAGCUGCUUCUGAGCUUACCCUCCUCCAUUGAAGCUGCUUCUGAGGUUUGGUUCGUCAAUGGUGUUCGUGUGAAGCAUGUGCAGCAUAUUGUCUACUAGACUGUUGAAUAUAUGCAUAUCUUCUUUCUGUAAAUUACAAAGAUUGGACAAAGCAGAAGCAGUUAUAAUUGAUGGUAUAAGGCUAGGGGUUCUCCCAAACGUAGUGACUUACAACGCCCUUGUUGACGCCUACUGCCGGUUUGUUGGCAUUGAAGCAGCUUAUGCUGUUGUUCGUAGGAUGCAAGUUGCAGGUAUUACGCCUAACGUAAUUACUUACAAUUCAUUGCUAGCAGGUGCCAGUAGGCAAUGCCAGCUAUCACUUUCCCUUGAUAUAUUUGAAGAAAUGCUGAAUUUGGGUAUUUCACCAGAUUUAUGGAGUUAUAAUACAUUGAUGCAUUGCUUCUUUAAAUUAGGAAAACCAGAUGAAGCGUAUAGAGUUUUCCAGGAUAUUAUUCUUAAUAAUCUCAGUCCUGAUAGAACUAGUUUCAACACGUUGCUCAAUGGCCUAUGCAGGAAUGGGUAUACUGAUAAUGCCCUAAUGUUGUAUAGGAACCUAAAGCGCCAUGGCUGCGAACUUGAGCUGAUAACUUAUAAUAUUCUUAUUGAUGGGCUAUGCAAAGCGGGUAGAUUAAAGGCAGCUAGGUGGAUUCUCAAAGAGCUUGAAAAUUCAGGUUACAUACCUAAUGCUAUUACUUAUACUACAGUUUUGAAAUGUUGCUUUAAGUCCAGAAAAUUUGAAGAAGGCUUAGAAAUUUUCUGGGAAAUGAAGAGUAAAGGUUUUACAUAUGAUGCCUUUGCAUAUUGCACAGUUGCAGGAGCUUUUGCUAAGAGAGGCAUGCUAAAAGAGGCAAAUGAUUGCAUGGAAGCAAUGUUGAAAAGUGGGAUUUCACCUGACAUUGUGUGCUAUAACACUUUAAUGAAUCUUUACUGUAAAGAGGGGAAGUUUGAGGCUGCUUAUAAAUUGUUGGAUACGAUGGCGGACGAAGGCUUUGAAUGUGACAACUAUACUCAUGCCAUUUUAAUCGAUGGAUUGUGCAAGGCAGGGAAUGUUGAGGAGGCUCAGAGACAUAUGAAAUUAAUUAGUUCAACGGGGUCUAUUACAAAUCUGCCAGCCUUCAAUAGUUUGCUUGAUGGGGUUUAUAAAGCUGGCCAUGCCGAAUUUGCAAUGAAACUUUUCAAGUUGUCGAAGAUGAAGGAUGAAUUUACUUAUUCCUCCAUGGUGCACAAUCUUUGCAAGGAAAGGAAAUUCAGGAGUGCAUCCAAACUCUUAUUGUCUUGUCUAAAGAAUGGGAUGAACAUACUUAAGUCUGCAGAGAGGGCAGUCAUUAGAGGUUUUCGUGAUUCAGGAUUUAGGAGAGGUGCGAGGGAACUCCAAUCAAAGAUCAGAAUGGUGAAAUUCCUACGUUAGUUUUGCUGGGCAUUCUUUGGUGGAAAACCUCACUUUGAAGUGUUAUGCCCAUGGCUGCCUCAUUUUUUGUGUAGAAUAUGAGACCGUUGACCAUGAAAUGCUUAGAGAGUCCUUCUGGUUUAGGCAGAUUGCUACCCCUUUCUUGUGCCAUGGCCCAUGGAACAUUCCCUUGGUCAUGUACAACGCCUUUAUGUAUAGAUCAGAAAGAACAAAGGUGUUUGCUGCUGCCUAUUGUUGCUUACUUAGGAAUAAAUUACAAUCUCACAGGUAAAUUGACAAGACAACUAUGGAUGGAUCAGCUCACGAGCGAAGUAUGAUUCUAUAUCCUUAUGUUCUUGCCUUUUUGGUCAUGAAUUUUGCUUGUGCACUCCUUAACUAUCUUGACUAAAGUGCUUUAUUGAGGCAGCUCUAACAUCUUGUAAUCUAAGCAUUUUGGAUGGAAAAUUGAAACCUAAUACAUCGUGCUGAUUGGACGUGGCUGUGAGGCCUGUGACUGCUGCCCUUAAACUGUCUGGAUUUGAUAUUUGCAGGUUAUUGUCAAAUUCUUUCAGCAGAAUUUGAGUUCUAAUUGAAGAAUAAUUAUUAUGCAAGUAGAACUAAAGACAAUGAUAAAAAUUGAAACUUGUGACUGAUAUGUCUUUCACAAAACUACCACGAAAAAUGCAGCAUUUGCAGGGGUUGGCUUCCCAAAGUGAAAUUAAGUGAAAUUUAUGUAAAGUUCUUUGAAGGAUAGAGGACUACUAACAUCUGAAUGAGCAACAAGUUUUAGCUGUAUUCAGGCUUAGCAAUUUAGCAUACUAUACACAUAUCAGAUACAUGAGUAUAAAUGUGCUCAAAAAAAAGAUAUAUGAGUAUAAAUUGUUGUAACUUGUAAAUACAAUCUACUUAAGCAUAAAUUGUUAAAUGUGUACUUUGCUUUGAAA